AUGCUUUCUUUUAGACAAAAUGAUUCAAAAAAAUCCAAAAACUAUAACGUUUCUAAUAAUUUAGAGACUUCUACAAUGUCAAGCAAAUCAAAGAAUUCCUUCAAAGAUCUUAGUGAUUAUAGAAGUAAAAAUUAACUAAAAAGAAGAUCGCACACCUAUAGAAAAAACAUUUAAUGUACAUUAAAACUAGGAAAGUGCCACUAAAAUUAAGUAAAUGCUAAGCAACUUAGUAUAAUCAGACAAUAAAUCAUCAUCAACUUCAUUAUUCGGAUAAAGUUUGAGAGAAAAAAAAGUUUAAGACACUAAAUCUACAAGAGGGGAUAGUGUUUGUAAUUUUAAUAAUUUAACUUAAGAUUCAAGAAAUGCUUCAAUCUCUGGUUAUGCAAAUAAGAUUCCAUUAAAUUAAACAUCCAAAACUAAUGAAUCGUUUUUCAAAUAAAAUAUUCCUGCCCCAUAAUCAACUAGAGAAGUUAAUUAAAACAAUGGUAAUUUGUCAAAUCUAUAUUAUAUCUUCCAAAAUAAAUAAUCUGAUCCUUAAAUUAAACUCAAUAAUUUAACAUUAUCUUAAUUAGCAAAAUAGUAGUAAUAAUAAUCAUAACAAAAAAAUAGCAAUAACACUACACCUCAAAAGCUUAUAAAUAAUAAUAAAAAUAUUUCUUCAUCUGAAUUCAUCAACAAAAUUUAAUAACUUAAAUAAAAAAUAGAUAAUAGCAUAUAACGAAAACCAGUCUAAAAAAAUGAAAAAUAAUAAAAAUCAAAUAAUUCAUAACUAAUCAAAAGUAUUUCCUCUUAAAUUUAAAAAAAAUUAUAACAUGAAGUUAAUCAAGUUGAUAAGAAAGAGGAAAUCUAAGAAAGAGUCAUUAGACUAUUAUUAGAGAAGGAAUAAUUAUGGAAUCAAAUGAAUCUUUCUUUAGAUAAUAUAAACUAAGAUUAGUUAAAUUAAUUAUGUUAUCAAAUUUAAUAAUCUUUAAAUUCCCUUUUAGAUCGAAAAAAUGUAUUCAAUUUAAUCAUUAUUAGAGCGAAUACUUGUACAAAUUAGAUAUUCAUAUAAUUGACACUCUCUUAUUAGAAUCUUACACAAUCCUUAUUUUAGCCCUUGAAUACCUAAAAAUUUAGUUAAACUUUGAUUAAAAUUUAAAGAACCUUGUUGUUUAUGUAGCAUAAAGUAACUUUUACAUUUUAUAAACAAUUUUUUCUUCUGUGCAAAAUGUAAUAUUUUCAUUAAAUACUAGGAUGUGUUAAAAUAAAGAAUCGAUAUGAGAUAAUUUUAAUAAAAGAAAACAUAAAACAAAGCUAAAUAAACUUUACAAAAAAAUAACUUUAUAAUUAAAUCGAUUCUAGAAUUAAUGUAAGUAAAUUAUCAAUAAUAGGUAUUGACGACACAAGUCACCCAGAGAUAUAUUCUCAUUUAGGAUUUAAUUCUUCAAGUUUGGAUGUUUAUUUUAUUUAAUAAAAAAAAAUUCUUGAUUAAAUAGCUAAAGAAAUAAUCUAGGAUGAAAAUCAUAACAAUAUGAAUAGUAAAAAGCUAUCAAAACUAUUUGAUUAAAAAUAAUAACUUUUGCUCCCUAAAAAACCUGUGAAAAGUUAUACAUUAGUCUUAGAUUUAGAUGAGACCCUUGUUCAUUAUCAGGAAGUAUAUUUAUUAUUUAAUUAAGCUUCCGAAUGGAGGAGGAUAAUUUUUAGUUCGACCUUAUGCAGAAGAAUUUUUAGAAAAGUUAUCUAAAUAUUAUGAACUAGUUAUAUUUACUGCAGCCUAGCCAGAUUAUGCAAAUUUUAUUAUUGACAUUAUUGAUAAGCAAAAGGUUGUUGUAGCCAGACUUUAUAGACAACACACUUUUUUCAAAGAUAAUGUAUACAUCAAAGUAAAGAAACAAAAAAAUAUUAUAAAGGACUUAUCCAUAUUGGGAAGAAGCUUGGAAAAAGUUAUUAUAGUUGAUAAUAUGCCAGAGAAUUUUCAAUUACAACCUGAAAAUGGUAUUUACAUUUUAGGUUGGACAGGUGAUUAAAAUGACAGAGCCCUUAAAGAUCUUAUGCCUUUAUUAGAAUGUAUAAAUUUAUUAAAUUUAAGAAAUCGCAUAAAAAAAAUGUAAAGAUGUUAGAGAUGCUUUAAAUCAAUUUAGAGAAUAAAUGAUUUUAAAAGUGUAGCAGGGUGUAAAAAACCCUUAUUAAAAUCUCUCAUUAGUAUGA